AUGGGCAGUGAAGGGUACCAUCAAAUAGCAUGUUAUAAAGUGGAUGUGCAUAAUCCAAGUAGAAUAUGGCAAACUCGAAAUAUUUUAACAGAUGAGCUUUGUGUUCUUGCCAUUCAAGUUAUCUUUACCGUAGUUUUGUCUCGUUUUCUAUUCGUUAUGUAUAAACCCCUUCAUCAACCUCGACUCAUUUCACAAAUCUCUGUUGGUUUUAUACUAAUUCAAGCACUUGGGAUGUUCCCACCUCUGUUUGGCAUUAUUUAUCCUGCAUCUGGGGUGAUUAACAUCGACGUUCUAACACAUACUGGAGUUGUAUACUACGCAUUCCUUAGUGGUUUGGAGAUGAACUUGAAUACAAUUUUACAUGCAAAUAAGAAAGCUGCAACGAUUGCGAUUUCAGGAAUCAUCUUCCCAAUUGUGAUAGGACCACCUUUAUACGCUAUGCAUCGAAAAGUUUAUGCCAAUGGGGAUGUAUAUCCACUUGAAGAAAGUACAGUGAAUGCUUAUGUAGUAUGGACUUUAGUUCUCACUAUAACAGGUUUUCCAGUUGUAGUUCACUCACUUUCUGAGCUCAAACUUCUUUAUACUGGCCUUGGUAAGGAUGCAUUAACAUCAGCUAUGAUAAGUGACACAUAUGGUUGGAUUUUAUUCACAUUAUUUGUUCCAUUUUCAAUUAAUGGUAAAAGGGCUAUAUACUCGGUAUUAAGCACCAUAAUAUUUGUUUUCAUAUGCAUCUAUGUGGUGCGCCCUUUCGUUGUAAAAGUCAUUGAUCGCAAGACAGAAAGAGAUGAAUGGGAUGAUAGCCAAUUACUCUAUGUGGUGAUGGGGAUUUUCGUUUGUGCAUACAUAACAGAUACUCUUGGAACACAUGGCGUUGUUGGAGCUUUUGUGUACGGGUUGAUUUUACCUCACGGUAAAUUUGCUGACAUGGUGGCGUCAAAGACUGAUGAUUUUGGUGGUGCAUUUCUAGCGCCGCUAUUCUUUAGUGGCAGUGGAAUGCGACUCUCAAUGAGUACCAUUUUCGUCCAGAAGAAUUGGCCUUUUACACUUAUGGUUAUAAUCUUGUUGUGUCUUCCAAAGAUUUUAGGCACUUUAUUUGCCACUUUCUUUUUUGGCACGCCUGCUCGUGACAGUCUUGCUCUAGGAUUAAUUCUUAAUACCAAAGGUGCUAUUGCACUCAUAAUGCUCAAUACUGCUUGGGAUAAAUUGAUUAUUUCUGGACCAACUUACACUGUUAUAACCUCUGGAGUCCUUUUAAUGACUAUAGUGGUGCCUCCCAUCGUCAAUGCAAUAUACAAGCCCAGAAAACGAUUUGAGCAAAACAAGCUAAAGACUAUGGAGAAGUUAAGAUUUGAUGCUGAACUUAGGAUUCUAGCAUGUGUUCACAAUACUCGUCAGGCUGCGGGGAUUAUUAGUCUCAUCGAAUAUUUCAAUGCCACUAGACUUUCACCGAUACAUGUUUUUUCACUUUAUCUUGUGGAGCUCACAGGACGUGCUGGUGCACUUGUUGCUGCUCAUAUGGAGAAGCCCGGUGGCCAACCUGGAGCACAAAAUCUUACAAGAUCCCAGGUAGAGCUAGAAAGUAUUAAUAGUAUCUUUGGAGCAUUUGGAGAAGCAUAUGAUGCUGUCAGAGUGGAAACCUUAAAUGUUGUGUCAGCUUAUUCAACCAUUCACGAGGACAUAUACAACUCUGCUAAUGAUAAACGCACAAGCUUGAUUAUCCUACCAUUCCACAAACAAGUAAGUUCAGAAGGUGCACUUGAAACAACUAGUAUUGUGUACAAAGAUAUAAACAUGAAUGUGAUGCAAAGUGCACCUUGCUCUGUGGGAAUCUUUGUUGAUCGUGAUCUUGGGCUAUUGUCGAAAACAAAAUUUUGUAUUUGUAUGAUCUUUAUUGGAGGUCCCGACGAUCGUGAAGCUUUAGCUGUUGCAUGGAGGAUGGCUGGGCACCCAGGAACCAAAUUAUCAGUGGUUCGAAUGCUCUUGUUUGAUGAAGCUGCAGAAGUAGACACUUCAUGUCACACUGAAGCACAAGGCAUACUAUCUGUUGUAAUGGAUAGUGAUAUGCAAAAUGACUUGGAUGACGAGUAUUUGAAUUCCUUUAGACUGACAGCAGUGAGCAACAAUGAUUCUAUGUCUUAUUCAGAGGUUGAUGUUCAUUCAGGUGAAGAUAUUCCCAUAGUCCUCAAUGAGCUAGAGAGUUUAGGCUGUGAUUUAUACAUAGUUGGACAAGGGAAUCGUAGGAACUCUCAAGUCUUUUCAAAUUUAUUGGAAUGGUGUGAUUGUUCAGAACUUGGAGUUAUAGGGGAUAUGUUGGCCUCAGAAAAUUUUGGUUCGCGCUCAUCUGUGCUAGUUGUGCAACAAUAUGGGUAUGGAGGAAUGGUUUUACCAAAUCAACACGACCACCUGACAACUAAUAACGAUGGUGUUGAGGCACUUGUCGUGAAGACAGAAUAA